UAGUUUACUUCCGGUUAGCAAUCAUGGCGCAGGGCGCACUUAAGUUUAAAGAGAAGCGGCCUGCAAGCGCCAAGAAACCUCAUCACAGCAAACAGAAAGGGCCGAAGAGAGGAGCGAGGACCAUUGCACCCAAGAAGGCUCAUGUGGUUGAGCAGCAGAAACUGAAGAAGUGUCUGGAAGUGGCCAUCAGGAACAACAUCGAGAGGGAGGUGACUCAGAGGGCCAGCACCUCCCUCCAUAAGCCGCUGAGUGUGGUUAAGGGAGCGGAGGUUCAGAGCAAACCAGGAGCAGUCCGGCCAGCAACCAGCUCCAAAUAGGACCAGAUACACCAACUGGCACCUGCAGACCAGAACCUGAUGGUGUCAAAACACGAAAGACUGAGAUGAUACAUCAGUGACCUGCAGUUAUUUUCAAAUGUCCCCUGUCCUGUGCUUCUUUUUUAUUAAAGGCCCAACAAGACACAUUUAAAGGAAGACAUUUUUUGAAUGAAAUGGAUCACUGGGACAUAGAUGUCCAUUUGGGGGCACCACAUAUAUUCACUGUGAGGAUUCAAACGGAAUGAACAGAAGAGACCUACACUUAUUUUUGUGAUUACAUGCACAUUUUUCGUAUAGUCGUCACUACACAGAAAAUGAGACUGACGACUCUCUAGGAACAGAGUGGGCUGAUCCUAAUGUUUGAAAAGUAGUUGGUUGUCACUGUCAUAUCAGCUUUCUUUAUAGAACCUAAUAAUUUCUGUAAAUAUUGAAGGAUAUUGAGAUCUGUUGUAAGCAUGGUCUGAUUAUAACCUGGAAAUAAAGGCCGGAUGAAUGAAUCCA